AUGGUUCCAGGAUUCGAUCAUAGACACCCAUUUCCUGAUUACUUGUUACCUCAAAUCUCCCCAAGGGUGUCAGAGUUUAAUGUUGUAGAUUCCCCUGAGGAUAUUCUGGCAAUGAGACGUGAGCAACAUACAGCGCUGGCAAAAACAAAAGCAAAACAUAAAAGGUCGGGCUCAAGCAUAGAAACGGCACGUAGCCUUGCAACGAAAGCUGACACCACACGUUCCAGUGAUCUAGGUCGUAGUGGCCUCCCAAAUGCUGAGAACACUUCCUUGAAUGGCAUAACAAAUGAGUUGGCUCAAUCGAAACCCUUAGAAAAGGAUGACAACGAUGCUGAGGAACAGGAGGCGAAAGAUAUGCUCAAAUCAGUUCGCCAGCUUCAGGCUCUGCUAAAUGAUAUCGCCAAUCUUCUGGAUGUGAUAGAAGAGCUUUUUUAUGGAAUUGGUAGUUUUGCAGGGGAUGAGAGAACAUCGACUGCUGUAUAUUUACUGCUGUUGAUUGGUAUAUUUAUUCUGCCUGUGGGGGCCUCUUUAAUACCUGUGAAUUUUUCUGUGGCAGUUAUGGGAUGGGCUGCUGUUGGUCUAUUGCAUCCAGUGGUAGGUAAGGAAGUGAAACGCAUCAAAGUUGAAUACCUAGAUGUGGAGGAGCUCAUACUUGGGGAUUUAUUUAGAGACUUCGAAGCUAAAGAGAUCAUCAUUGAGAAUCAUGGCCCCGAAGAUACUCGUGAAGUUGAAAUUUUUGAACUACAGCGUCAAGGGCUAACCCCACGUCUAUGGGAUGCUUGGGUGUUUACUCCUCUGAUCUAUAGUGAGAAGUCUAUUUAUCGAAUAUCAGAGGAGAGGCCUCCUGGAUGUGCCUUCAUUGAGUCAGUUCUACCUCCUCCGGGAUGGUAUUUUGACGACCAGCAUCCCUGGAUUCUCGACGAAAUGACAAAGGCGUGGGUGCUUGAUAGAUCUGUAUUGAAUGUUGAGAUCGAUCUGGACGAGCAUUGGGCUUAUGAUUAUAGAGGGGGCCAACGUGGCGAAUGGAGAAGGAGAAGAUGGACGAGGACUUGUUUCAGGGGUCCAAUGCCACCAAGAAAGAGGUAA